AGACUACUCAGGAGGGUGGAUAAAAAAUUCCAAGAUAUUCUCAAUUUCGUUGCUGAUAUCUUGAAAAGACAGCACACUUUGUACGCAAGUGUAUGUUGAAGAUGCCUUCCAAUGGCUUGGUUUCUCAUCAUCCGAUCAUCCAGUUCAGGAACUGUCGCAUCCUCCAUCAGCGUCGGAUCAUCCGAGACGACCUGUGGGUGAGAAAUGGGGAGAUCCUGAAUCCAAGAAAGCUUUUCUGGGAGGAGAAAGGCUAUGCUGAUCACCAGAUAGAUUGCCAGAAUGCCAUCAUUGUUCCUGGCUACAUUGAUGUGCAAAUCAAUGGUGGUUUCGGUUAUGACUUUUCCUCUGAGCCAGAGCUUGUGUCGGAGGGAAUCCAGAAGGUCGCUCAAGGCAUCCUGUCUCAUGGGGUCACCUCUUUCUGCCCCACCCUUAUCACUUCAUCCCCAGAUACAUACAGAAAGAUUAUACCACAGAUACACAAAACAGAGGGGUCAAACAAAGGGGCUGGUGUAUUAGGUCUACAUUUAGAAGGGCCCUUCAUCAGCGUAGAGAAAAGAGGGGCACAUCCCCAGCACCUGGUCCACCCCCUCUCUGGCGGCACACAGGACCUCUUUGAUGUCUACAGUAAUCUGGAUGAUGUCGCCAUAGUAACGCUAGCUCCGGAGCUGAUUAACGCCAAGGCCGCGGUGCAGGAGCUAGUAAAGAGAGGCAUUACUGUGUCAGUAGGUCAUUCUACGGCUAAUCUAUGUAUAGCAGAAGAGUCUGUCAAUGCUGGUGCUUCAUUCAUCACUCAUCUCUUCAAUGCAAUGCUUCCAUUCCAUCACAGAGAUCCAGGUAUAGUGGGUCUUCUGGCAAGCAAUGCGAUCAACCGUUGUGUGUACUACGGAGUGAUUGCCGAUGGUAUCCAUACUCACCCAGCAGCUCUGCGUAUAGCCUUCCAGACACAUCCCGAUGGGGUUGUCUUAGUAACGGAUGCCCUGUCUGCGCUGGGAUUACCACCUGGCAGGCAUCAACUUGGCACACAACAGCUGGAUGUUAGGGACAAUGCUGCUUACGUGGCUGGUACCAACACUCUCAGUGGAAGCAUCGCCACCAUGUCAUCUUGUGUCAAGUUCUUACAAGGAGCAACCCGUUGCACCACCGUAGAGGCUGUCGAAGCUGCAACUCUUCACCCUGCCCAGCUCCUAGGAAUCACAGAGAGAAAAGGAACUCUAGACUAUGGCACUGAUGCGGAUUUCUUAUUUGUAGAUGAGGAUUUAAAUGUUAAAAGGACUUAUAUCGCUGGUGAAAUGGUCUGGGACUCCAAAACAGGUUUCAGGAAUAAAUCAAGCUAGCAUGUACUGUAUGUAUUAACCAAGCACACUGUAUCCUUUGCCAUAUGUGCUAAAUCUUAUUGAAUACUUAUUGUUUUAUUACUGAAAUGAAUGCACACUGUGUGCAUGAAAGUACUUCGUAUUAUGUAUAUCGAUAUCUAUAUGUAUAUAUGUAGGCAUGAGGAAUCAUGGUACUAGAGAACACAGAUGUAGCUCAACUUUCACUUUAUUUGAGCAAGCUUUUGGCUUUGUAAUCUCAGAAAUGGAUGAUUGCCCUUCUGUCCUCAAAAUGAUAGAAAUAGUAGAUACUCACGUGCAAUUGAUCCGCUGCAGUCUCUAUCUACAGUUUAUGCAAACAAGAUACAAGCCAAACCAACAAUAUCAUUAUCUUGCCAUAACCUGGAUUGUUGGUCCUUACAAAUAUCCCAAACUAGAAUAUGAACUAGAGAUGGUGGUAGGCAGGUUUGUUAGGAAAAUAUUUUGGAUAAUGAGGUGCCUUAAUUAGUGGAGCUAGGUUAAAUGAGAGAUGAAGAUAUAUCAGAUGAUAUUGAGCUUUAGUUUCAUGUUUAUGUCUGUCUUGCUUUGCGCUUUGUGAGCAAUUAUUAUAUCUCGUACAUGUGUACACCCCCCGGAAAAUUUUAAAAAGUGCACAUUUUUGUUAAUAGCAACAUGUGUACAUGUUCAUAUCAAUCACACAAAUCGUUCUUAACAAAUCGAUCACCAGAACAAUGAAAAUUUAGAAAAACACAGCGAAGUUGACCAUGAUUGCAAAUUUUAUGAAAUUUGUGCAGACAAAUGAAAAUUGGCAUAGUGUGCUAUUGUGCAAUGUGAUCUCAUGUGUAUGUCUGAGGCACACACCAUUUCAUUUCAUUUAUGUUCCACAUUCCAGUAAAGAAUUCUCAAGAUAUCUGCCUCUCCCCACACAGUAAUUAAUGCCUGGCUAUCUUCUUGAGUCCAAAGAAACGCAAUGUUUUCCACCAUUUUAUUUUAAUUCAGCGCGUGUCAACCUAGUGUCGGGGUCAAAUAUUCCAAUCACGUGAUCAUUCCUAUUUCCGGUUUCUCCCCGGUAUGUGCACUCAAUCGGAACGGGGUUUGUUUCUACUUUUAUGUACAUUGUCCGGUUAGCUUCCCUUAUCCCCUAUCGGCCAUUAACCGGAUACUGGCUUUAGAUAGAAACAAGGCCGCUUAGCAUAGUAGGAUCUAUAGCUGUACAUCUAGACAUUGAGCUCGAGUACAUUCUGCAUAUCCAAACCCUUUCCUUAUUGAGCCCGAGGCCAAGGUAGAAUGAGAAGUCCAAGACUGUAGAGACACGGCAGAAGAGAACUUUUGAGUCUUGGACUAAAGGUCUAUUCGGUGGAUACGACUCGAGGUCCACUCCAUCUCUGAGUCUGACUCUGUCAAAAGAAAAAUGAAAUUAAGAAAAAAUGAUAAAAUAGAGCUCUGGAUUGAAGGGGCAUACUCCCGACUUUCUUAAGGCUCCCUCCAGAUUAGUGCUUAUGAGCCCGCACAGAUCAUAUCUGGUGAUUGAACAUCCUGGAUGCUCAGCUAGAAAGUAUGUGCACUAUCUGUUGAAAUGGGCCUGGUACUGCUCAGAGGGCAUUUCUUAAAAGGAGGGAAUUCUUCUUCUUAGUCUCUUUGGAGAUGCGCUGGAUAGGUGUCCUUUGCUGUAGCAAGAACACUCAUCAUUUCGGGUGAUUGUCGCUUCAGGGAAUGGGUGUUUGCUAGAUAGGUUCCAUCCGGAUUGCCAACGUUCCGCAAAGAGGACAUUUUAGUGGGGCGUGGGAAGUCUUCUUGGUCUCGCAGAUGCGCUGGAUAGGUAUCCAUCCGGAUUGCUAACGUUCCACACAGAGGAAAUUGUGGGGGGGCAUGGGAAGUCUUCUUCUUGGUCUCGCAGAUGCGCUGGAUAGGUAUCCAUCCGGAUUGCCAACGUUCCGCAAAGAGGACAUGUUAGUGGGGCGUGGAAUAUCUUGUUCUUGGUCUCGCAGAUGCGCUGGAUAGGUAUCCAUCCUGAUUGCCAACGUUCCGCAAAGAGGACAUUUUAGUGGGCGUGGGAAGUCUUCUUGGUCUCGCAGAUGCGCUGGAUAGGUAUCAAUCCGGAUUGCCAACGUUCCGCAAAGAGGACAUUUUAGUGGGGCGUGGAAUAUCUUCUUUUUGGUCUUGCAGAUGCGCUGGAUAGGUAUCCAUCCUGAUUGCCAACGUUCCGCAAAGAGGACAUUUUAGUGGGCGUGGGAAGUCUUCUUGGUCUCGCAGAUGCGCUGGAUAGGUAUCAAUCCGGAUUGCCAACGUUCCGCAAAGAGGACAUUUUAGUGGGGCUUGGGAAGUCUUCCUUUUUGGUCUCGCAGAUGCGCUGGAUAGGUAUCCAUCCGGAUUGCCAACGUUCCGCAAAGAGGACAUUUUAGUGGGGCGUGGGAAGUCUUCUUGGUCUCGCAGAUGCGCUGGAUAGGUAUCCAUCCGGAUUGCCAACGUUCCGCACAGAGGACAUUUUAGUGGGGCGUGGGAAGUCUUCUUCUUGGUCUCGCAGAUGUGCUGGAUAGGUGUCCUAAGAGUGGAAGGAAUAAAAAUAUAUUAUAUGGUUGAUACAUGAAGGUGAAUGUUAUUUAUUGUCUUCACAGGCAGUUCUAUAUACUCUGCCAUUUCAAUGAUGUAUGUGUAAACAAGUAUUACAUUUAUCUCAUUUUAAUAGUAGGUAGGGAAUUAAACCAUUAUAAAAACAUGAUACUGAUAAGUGAUUGUGUAAUUUGUAAAGGAAACAUGACCUGUUGAAUUAACAGAAUUAUAGAAGAUCAAGAAAUUAUGUUUGAAACUUCCAGGUGCCCAAGGACUAGCUAAAAGCUGGUUUGUGCUGGCAU